CAACUAUAUUUAUAUAAACACACUUUCCCACAGCUUUCUUCUUCUUCUUCUUCUUCUUCAUCUUCUUCUUUUUUUAAAGAAAAAGAAAAAAUUAUUUCCCAUAUGGACAACAAAUACACCAAUAAUAAUCCUCCCGGCCUGAGCUCCUCCGAGGACGACAGCCUCGCUGCCACCGGCAUGAGGGCCGCCGAUACCUUGCUCCGCCUUGUUCCGAUGGGGCUCUGCAUCGCUGCGCUUAUUGUCAUGCUCAAGAACUCUGAGGCCAACGAUUAUGGCUCUGUCGCUUAUUCCGAUCUCGGAGCAUUCAAGUUUUUGGUGCAUGCAAAUGGGAUAUGUGCUGGCUACUCCUUUUUGUCAGCAGCGGUAGCGGCCAUGUCUCCUCCUUCUACCCUUUCUAAAGCUUGGACUCUCUUCUUCCUCGAUCAGUUGUUGACGUACCUAACCCUAGCGGCGGGAACGGUAUCGACGGAGGUGUUAUACCUAGCCUACAAUGGAGACAAAGAAAUAACAUGGAGUGCAGCGUGUGGGACAUUUGGGAAAUUUUGCAGCAAAGCUACAGCUUCAGUUGUGAUAACCUUUGUUGUGGUAGCUUUUUAUGCUUUCAUUUCCAUUUUAUCUUCAUACAAACUGUUUAGUAGAUACAAUGCUCCAUUGCCUCAUCCUAAUUCGAAGCAACAACUUCAAACGCCAGUCUUCCAUGGCUAGCUAGAUCUUACCCUAAACCUAUAUUUAUCUAUUUGCUUUUCUUUCCUAGGCUUUCUUUAUACUCUCUCUCUCCUAGAUCAUCUACUACGCUGCAAUUGUAUAAACUGUUGUUAAGAACUUCUAAGGUUUUCAAUAAUAAUUAAUCAUCACUUUGGUUUAUAUUUAAA